AUGGAAAAAAUUGAUCUUGAAAAUGCUGACGAUGCCAUAUUGAGAGAGAAGUUGUUUGUGAAGGUAGCAACCAAGCAUCUGCGUACUUUAGAAUUCAAGAUGGUUGAAGAAGGGUAUGAUGGAGAGCUGAUGAGGUCUCGAAAGGAAAUCGAGGAGGGAGAAAAGGAUAGACAACGAAAAGCAGAGAAGAUGAUCAAGAGGCAUAGUGAGAUGAGAUUGAAGAAGAAAUCCAGAGAUAGAGAGCUGGAUUCGGACGACAUCGAGGGAGAAGAAUUCAUUGCACCUAUGUUAAGCAGAAAAGAAACCAGAAGGAAAAAUAAAGGUAAGCAUUUUGGAAAGAAGUCGUUUAAGAGAAAACAGAUGAAGAAAAGACAGAAAAGACACAGACACUAG